AUGGUGGCAAUGAAGACGUUCUCUCUGCUGCUGGUGCUCCUGUUCGUGGCGGUGGGGCUCGGAGAGAAGGAAGAGGGUCACUCCAGCUCUCUCCCCUCCCUGCCUCCCUUCAGAUCCCAUGCUAAGGUGAGUGGCUUCCGACCUCGAGGCCCAAGGUACGCUGAGGGGACUUUCAUCAGUGACUACAGUAUUGCCAUGGACAAGAUCCGCCAACAAGACUUUGUGAACUGGCUGCUAGCCCAAAAGGGGAAGAAGAAUGACUGGAAACACAACAUCACCCAGAGGGAGGCCCGGGUCCUAGAGCUCACUGGUCAGUCUACCAGGAAGCAGGAGGCAGCUGGGCAGCAGAGCUCCCCACCCAGGAACCCCAGUGAUGAGGAUCUGCUAAGGGAUUUGCUGAUUCAAGAGCUGCUGGCCUGGAUGGUGGAUCGUACAGAGCUUAGGUCUCGGUGA